AUGGUCAAGAAGAGGGCGAACAACGGUCGCAACAAGAACGGCCGCGGCCACGUUAAGCCCGUGCGCUGCUCCAACUGCGCUCGCUGCGUUCCCAAGGACAAGGCUAUCAAGCGUUUCACCAUCCGCAACAUGGUUGAGUCCGCUGCCAUCCGUGAUAUCUCCGAUGCCUCCGUCUUCGCUGAGUACGCCGUCCCCAAGAUGUACCUCAAGCUCCAGUACUGUGUGUCUUGCGCCAUUCACGGAAAGAUUGUCCGUGUUCGUUCCCGUGACGGCCGCCGCAACCGUGCUCCCCCUCCUCGCAUCCGCUUCAACAAGGACGGCAAGAAGCUCCAGCCCCCUACUGCCGCCAAGGCUUUGUAA